UUCUUUUUACCCUCCCAAACCAUUUGAAAACCCCGAGAAAAAAAAAAUUAAAAGAAAAAGACCUUCCCCUUGAUGAACUCAAACUUAGAUUCAUCAUCAUCAGCAUCAUCGUCAUAAGACCACAAAUCAAAAACAAAGAAAAGAAAAGAAAAACCCCCCUCAUUUUCUACUCAACUUUUCUUAUCUAAUCUUAUUACUUCCCCUUCUUCUCUUCUUUCACUCUAUCUAUCUCAACUCUUCCACUGUAAGACUCAUCUGGGUUCACCUAUACUUGCAUCUCUUCCUCAAAUUUCUAACCUUUUAUUCAAAAUCAGUAUUUUUUAUUAUCUGGGUUCCCCUCGGGUUUUAUAAAUCUGCCUAAUUUUUCUGUUUUUCUGAGGUGUUUUCAUUGAGGCAACAGCUAGAUCUAUUUUAUGUGUUUCUUGAUCCAGAGCUACAUACAAAAUCACUCAAAUGGAAGGUCAGCUAUUUCUUGUUAAUGUUUUUAAUUGGUAAAUGAAUCUGUAUAGUAAAUUGCUGUGAAGAUAAUGAUGGUCAUUAGGGGUAAAAGGGGUUUAUUUUACUUGGAUUGGAGAACUUAUUGGAUUUUGAAUGCUUGUAGUGUAAUGUGUUUAUGAUGCAUAGUUGCAAUAGAAUUCACACAUUGGAGGGGCUAGUGAUAGUCAUUUCAUGGGGAAUAGUACUUCCCGUGUCGUAGGCUGCUUUGUGCCAAAUGGUAAUGGUAGAGGUGGGGAAGUUGAUUUAGACUUGCUAGAGCCAUUAGAUGAAGGAUUGGGACAUUCCUUUUGUUAUGUUAGGCAAGUAGUUUUUGACUCACCUUCUAUUACCCCAUCAAAUUCUGAAAGGUUUACAGUAGAUUCUAGCACACUUGAUUCUGAAACGUUGAGUGGGUCAUUUCGACGUGAGAUUGUAGAUGAUCCGCUGAAUUUGCUGAGACCUAAUAAGAAUUUUCCUGAGACUACGUUUAAAACCAUCUCGGGAGCUUCAGUCAGUGCCAAUGUCUCGACUGCUCGGACUGGAAACCAGAGUGCAUGUUUUUCUAGUGAUACCCAAGAACCUGCUGCAUCGUUUGAGAGUACGUCUUCAUUUGCUGCAAUCCCAUUGCAACCUGUGCCUCGUGGGUCUGGACCUUUGAAUGGGUUCAUGUCGGGACCUUUGGAGAGAGGAUUUGCUUCUGGUCCAUUGGAAAGGGGAGGUGGGUCAAUGUCAGGGCCAAUUGAAAAAGGGGCUUUUAUGUCAGGUCCUCUUGAUAGUACAGACAAAGCUAACUUCUCGGCUCCGUUGGCAUACGGUCGCAAAGGACCAGGUCUUAGGCAUCUUGUAAGGAGCAUGAGUGGGCCGAUGAAGAGCGCCCUGACUAGGACAUUCUCAAGACAUUCCAUGAGGUCUGGUUGGAUGCAGCGAUUUUUUUUGCAUCCGAUGACUCAGUUUGUUUGGCAUCCAAAGGAACCAAAAUUCCGCCCUGAACCCCCACAGCAGCAGGGUCUUGAUUUGGGUCCAUCUGAGGAGGAUUAUAGGAAUACGCGGGACUUGCAAUGGGCGCAUGGCAAGGCUGGGGAAGAUAGAGUUCACGUAGUGUUGUCUGAGGAACAGGGAUGGCUAUUUGUUGGAAUAUAUGAUGGAUUUAGCGGUCCAGAUGCACCUGAUUUUCUCAUGAACCAUCUCUACAAGGCAAUUGACAAAGAGUUAGAAGGAUUACUUUGGGAUUUUGAUGAUACAUCUGCAGAUAUUCCAUCUAACUCUGAAUUCCCUGAUGGUGAAAAUGUUGAGGUAUCAGAAUGCAGACAGGAGGACCUUGAGAGUUCUCAGUUAAGGGAAGUGCCAGUUCAAGGUGGUAUAGAAGAACCAGUUCAUCUUGGAACCGUGAAGGUUCAAGUAUCCAACCAUGAGAUAGUUGAGGAAAAAGAUGAAGUCAGGGAGAAAGCCGAAAUGCAUGGGGCAAAAUGCAGUGAUGAUCCUGGAAAAAGAUCGAGUGUCUCGUUCUCAGAAAAGUUUCCUGCUACAACUGAGAAACUGGGGGGCCAAGGGAAGAGAAGCAAAAGACUUUAUGAGCUACUUCAGAUGGAUCUUGCAGAUGUACAAGGUUCUACCUCAUCAUCAGAAGUUGGUAAAGAAAGAGAAGGUUCGUCGAAUUUGCAGCCAAGUUUUGAUGGUUUGUAUACAAGAAAAACCUUACCAGAAGCGCAGCUUAUGUCGUGCUCCGAGAAUCCUAAAGGGGGCGGUUCUAGCUGCUCAACUGCAGAUUUUAAUCUUAUUGGCAAUGAUGAAGGAGAUGCUGGGCAAGAGUCAAAACCAGGUAUUUCAACUUGUACUGAUUCAGUCCAAAGGCACGGUGCAAAAAAGUCAGUGAUUGGAUCCAAAAUUAGGAAGAUGUAUAGAAAACAGAAGUCCUUACGUAAAAAGCUGUUCCCUUGGAGUUAUGAUUGGCACAGAGAAGAAACACAUGCCAGUCAAAGAAUGGAGGAGCCACUGGGGCCGAUGAGAAGAUGCAAGUCAGGAUUGGUCGACCAUGAUGCAGUCCUGAGGGCAAUGAGUCGAGCUCUUGAAAAUACUGAGAAGGCUUAUAUGGAUAUGGUUGAAACAGCGCUUGACCGAAAUCCAGAGCUUGCUCUUAUGGGCUCAUGUGUUUUAGUGAUGUUGAUGAAGGAUCAAGAUGUGUAUGCCAUGAAUCUCGGCGACAGCCGUAUUAUCUUGGCACAAGAUAGGCAGAGUGAUCGUCACUCAAAUCCAAAUCUUGCAAAGGAUGAUCCAAAGCACUGGAAUCGGUCUAGGGAGUCACUUGUGCGUGUCGAGCUGGACAGAAUAUCAGAGGAAUCUCCAAUUCAUAAUCAAAACAGCUUGGUUGACAAGAUCAACAAGAGCAGAGAGAUCUCACUGUGUCGAAUAAAGAUGAGGGCAAUUCAGCUUACCACUGAUCAUAGCACAAGUAUGGAGGAGGAAGUUUUGAGGAUUAAAGCAGAACAUAAGGAUGAUAACCAAUCCGUAUUAAAUGAUAGAGUGAAGGGGCAGUUGAAGGUCACUAGAGCCUUUGGUGCUGUGUUUCUCAAGGAGCCAAGGUUCAACGACACUUUGCUAGAGAUGUUUCGAAUCGAUUACAUAGGGACUGCACCUUACCUCAGUUGCAUCCCAUCUGUCCUUCAUCACAGGCUUUGCUCAAGUGACCGUUUCCUAGUCCUUUCUUCUGAUGGUCUCUAUCAGUACUUCAGCAACGAAGAGGUGGUUUCCCAUGUUGCAUGGUUCAUUGAAAAUGCACCUGAAGGUGAUCCUGCACAGUAUCUUAUCGCUGAGCUUCUGUUUCGCGCUGCCAAAAAAAAUGGGAUGGAUUUUCACGAGUUGCUUGAUAUUCCAAAUGGUGAUCGCCGUAAAUACCAUGAUGAUGUUUCAGUUAUGGUGGUUUCCCUCGAAGGGAGAAUUUGGAAAUCAUCUGGUUAAAAUAGACCAACUUGUCAAUGUAGACUUGUUCAUAUUCCAUCUUGGUCUUGCCUUUGAAAUGAAACAGUUUUUGAUCAAUCCAAUAGUAAACAUACCCAAAUUUUCUUCUUAGCAGUAGCUCUGGUCUCCUUUAUAUUUAUUUUUCUGGUGCUUCCAU